ACUUUCCAUCUAAAUCCGUCUUCGGGAUGGAGGAAAGUGGUGUUCUGUGGGGAUUAGCCUUCUGCUUUGUUUUUAGCCCCGCUCGACAUCCGCGUUUCCGAUCACACCGCUGGCGUCUGCUCCGUAGACGGCCCCCGCUGCUACUAGACUCCGCUGCUUCACAGGCCGCUGGACGUAGCCGCCGACGAAUCCCCAUGCUAGUUAGCAUGUUUAGCACGCCCGCGUCUAUCAGUCCAAAACGGCCCAAUAUGUCCAUAUCCAGAAGUGUCUGGCGGUCGUACGUGAUCACGGAGUGACCACAAUGCGAGCCAGCCAUGAAGUCUGCAGAACUGUCCGGCAUUUCCGCCAAAUGUUCCAUCUUUAGCAAGAGCACCGCAGUGUCGCAGCCCGUCCGGGCGCCGCCAUCUUGCCAAAAGUCAGGAAUUAUAUGGGAUUUAUUUUAUACACUGUAAUAUUUUAUGCAGAUAGUAUUGAGAGAUUAUUUUAACCUUAAUCUCUAACCUUUAGUUGCGAUUUAGAGUUAAAACUGUGGGAUACGGGGAUAUACAUUAGAAGUGAGAACAGGAAGCGUGAAUUGUCAUCUGAUGAUGAGUUGGAAAAUAGCGAGGAAAGGAUUACUGGCCACUGUUAAUCUGCAACCUCCUAUCUGACGUAAAGGGGUGGAGAUCGACAUAGGGAGGAACUGUUGUGUGUCUGCCCGCAAUUGAUUUAUUUUAGAUUGGUCUGGACACGAGCCAAGUCAGAUUCAGAAAGAACGUAGGAUGCCGCCCGCGAAAAAUCCAGAUUACUGCCCAUGGAGGAAUAUCAUUAAAAAAGGUUGCAUAUUUUUACAGCGGCGCCCUCUUUAUAACGUAUAGGUUCUGCUGUGGAAUUUACGAGAUCACUUCAUUUCUCCGUCGCGGUGGAUUAUAUUCCUGAGAAAUAAAUGUUUGGAAUUAUGAAUACAGAGGAAAGCGAAAUCCUUGUUUUUGUGCGGCCGAAGUGGGGACCUAACCUUUAACAAUGCUACCAUGUAAUGUGGGUAUGCAACCUGUGCCGUAAGCAGCAAGAGAUUCUCACUAAAUCAGGAGAAUGGUUUUCAGAGUCAGGGGUGCGGCCUGGGAACCUGGGCUCCACUUUGAACGUCACGUCCACGGGGGGUGAAGCCCAACGGGAUGCGAAGCUGCUGCGCUCUAAGUCCCAAGCCCCGUCGUCGACAACUAAUACCAACACUGCCCUGCCGCACAGGACACAGACGCCAGCAGGUGGUACUGCUGCCGUUCAGGGUUCUGACGCCAUGCCUGGUACCCGCUCUCAAAGUGAACCGCCUCGAGAAAAGAAAAGGCCAGUUUCUUACCAUGAACAAAACGGUAAGGGAGGGUUGGGACGUGGUGGUGCUCGGAGGUCUGCUGGAAAGUUGCCAUCUCACUCAUCUCUGGAUGAAAGAGUCGGCGAACCAAGGGAGAGACAGUUAGGCAAUGGUCACAGGCUAGAAAAGAUCCACUCUCAAGACUAUGAUAACGGGGAGGAAGGCUUGGGUCGCUUGGAAAGAAAUCGCAGACGGACAGAGGACGAUGAACAGAGGGAACGCCAGCGACGUGAGGAGGAAUUCCAGAACCGCUACCGUAGUGACCCCAACCUUGCUCGGUACCCUGUGAAACCCCAAAAAGAGGAGCAGGAGAUGCGCAUGCAUGCAAAGGUUUCCAAGGUCCGCCAUGAACGUAGACACAGUGAUUUGGCAAUCAACGAGGUUGGACUAGGGCCUGUUGAAGGAGGAGGCGGCGGAGCGCAUUUGCCUGAAAACCGUUUGACCAGGAGAGGAAACCGCAAAGCGCACUCGGAAAACUUCCGAGCUUACUCCGUGGAAAGGACCGCGAGGCCCGUGCCACCGGAUAACCGGGACUGCUCGGAGCAAGGUUCGACACUCCCGGCGCGAGACAAAGCCGGGGACAACCUGCUGAGGAAGGACUCUCAGAGUUCGGAACAGUCUGAGUCGUUGUGUCCGCCCCCUUCGCGGUCGUACAAGAGCAAGCGCGGAGUGAACAAGAGGCAGAUGUCCAUAAGCAGCUCAGAGGAGGAGGGCGGCUCAACGCCUGAGUACACCAGCUGUGAGGACGUGGACAUGGAAAGUGUCAGCGAAAAAGGUGACUGGGACUGUCAUCCACUUGACCCUGCAGUGUGGCAUCAUCCAGUGACGUGGCAGCCUUCUAAAGAGGGCGAUCAUUUGAUUGGACGCAUCACGCUCAGCAAGAGAUCAGCCAUGCCUCGGGAAGCCGGCUCCCUCCUCGGACUUAAAGUCAUAGGUGGGAAGAUGACAGAGACGGGAAGACUCGGGGCCUUCAUCACUAAAGUCAAGAAAGGAAGCCUAGCAGACGUGGUGGGACAUUUAAGAGCAGGUGAUGAGGUGUUGCAGUGGAAUGGAAAAUCACUCCCGGGAGCAACCAAGAAAGAAGUGUACAACAUUAUCCUUGAAUCCAAGGCCGAGCCUCAGGUGGAACUAGUUGUAUCAAGACCCAUCGGAUCCAUUCAUCGAAUUAUGUCCAAAAACCUCUUGAGAAAAGUAUAUAAAGCAUAUCAGGACAUCCCAAGAAUUCCAGAGUCAUCGCACCCUCCUCUAGAAUCAACAGGUUCCAGUUCCUUUGAGUCACAGAAAAUGGAGCGACCUUCGAUAUCAGUGAUGUCCCCGACAAGUCCAGGAACCCUCAGAGAACUUCCUCUGGAGCUGUGUGGACAGCUCUCUGUGAAGCUGUGGUACGACAAAGUAGGUCAUCAACUUAUCGUCAACGUCCUUCAAGCCAUAGAUCUGCCAGCCCGACCAGAUGGACGACCCCGGAACCCAUACGUCAAAAUGUACUUCCUUCCAGACCGGAGUGAUAAAAGUAAACGCCGUACAAAAACCGUGAAAAAGAGCGCCGAGCCGAAGUGGAACCAGACGUUCAUAUAUUCACACGUCCACCGACGGGACUUUCGGGAACGCAUGUUGGAGAUCACCGUUUGGGACCAACCCAGGGUCCAGGAAGAGGAGAGUGAGUUCAUGGGCGAGAUCCUGAUAGAGCUGGAGACCGCCUUGCUGGAUGACAUCCCUCACUGGUAUAAACUCCAGACCCACGACGUGUCCUCCAUACCUCUGCCACAGCCUUCGCCGUACCUCCCACGCAGAAAUGUCCACGGAGACAGCCCCAGCAAGAAACUGCAGAGGUCUCAUCGCAUCAUUGAUACAGAGUUUGAUGAUGGUUUGAUGAUAGUGACUAAAGGAGGAGAGCGUAAUUCCAGGGAAAGAGAGCGAGGUAGUACGUUGGCUGUCCCCGAGCAGCAGCGUGCCACCCAGUACCGCUCUCGCUCCGUAUCGCCACACAGAGAGGACUCGUGCAGAGCGAGGUCAAGACCCGCACAUGUGCCCAUGCAGAGGAGCCUGGAUGAGAUCCACCAGAAUCGGCACCACUCCCAAUCCCCAUCCCACUACCAUGACUCGCAUUUGGAGCACCAGCGGUCUGGUGAUUCGGAUUUCGAGUACUCCGAAGACAGUGAGGUCCUGGAGAUGCACAGGUCAAUCCGAGGCGGCAGUGCAGAGUGCCUACAAACAAACAGGGGCACAUGUAGACAUAGAAACACACUCCCCCCCAAAAUGCCCCUCUUAAUCAAUGGUAUCCAUAAAGACAUGUACAGCUCCACCCUCCCUGCAUGCCUAAAGAGCAGGCCGCCCCAAAGGCAAGAGGGGGGCAACAACAUGCAUCGUAACAUCUUUGCACACCGUGUGCUCAGGUUCACUGACGAGGUCACAGUUAGCGACCUGCAGCCGUCACUGGACAGAGUGAGGAGUGCCAGCACCACAUGUCUCAGACCAGACUCCAACUUUCACUCUUCUGACAGAGACAGGCAAUGUAGCAAUACAGCAAGUCCAAACUGUCCAAAGGGCAGCAAAAAAGCCCUGGAGGGUGACAGUCGCAUCCAGCCCACCUCUAUCCUGAGAGGCAGUAGGGGAAGAGAGGGCCCACUGAAGCCCUUUGGCCAGGCAGCUUUGGCUGGGGCCUGUUCAGCUUCUCCACAGACAGACAGAACACACCCUCACGGUAGCCCCUCACCCCCGACGGGGACCCCAUCACCAGGUCGCAAGGGGAGGCAGCUGCCCCAGCUUCCCGCUAAGAGCAGCAGCAUAGAAAAAGCCCUUGCAGUUGAAGAGCGAGCCCGACAGCUGCAUAUGAAAGUGCAUUCCUGCCGGCCUUCAGCCUCCAAUAACCCUGAGUCGGACCUCAAGACCAAACGGGAGAUGUUCGCAGAACAGCGUCGUAGUAGCGACAACAUGUCGGCCAGGUCGUCAGACAGUGAUAUGAGCGAUAUGUCGGCACUCUCCCGUGCCAGCAGUGCUUCUCGCCUCAGUAGCACCAGCUACAUGUCCAUCCAGUCAGAACGCCCAGGGGGACGUUUAAGGUCUAAGUCAUUAGAGGAGGAGAAAAAAGACAGGCGGAUCUCAUGGGGGGUCACCGGAGAAGAGGAGAAGAAGAAGGCAACAGGAAAAAGACGCUUUUCUGAGGAGUUGAAACGCAGGCGACAUACUGUAGCUGGUGAUACGGGGGAAUCAAGUCGGCAGAUGCGUACAUCGGCGGGACGCAGCAUGCUGAAGAGCUCCAGCGUGAGCGGCGAGAUCUACAGCCAGGAGCGCACUGAUGGCAGCCAAUCAGACACAGCGUUGGGCACAGUGGGCGCAGGAAGCAAGAACAGAAGAUCCAGUCUGAGCGCCCGGGUGGUGGCCAUUGUCGGCAGCCGCAGGAGUCGCAGCACUUCUCAAAUCAGUGGCCCUGAAGCCAAGACGAAGAAAGAAAAAGGCAUACCCAUCCAGAGGAGCACGGAAACUGGGAUGGCGGUGGAGCUGACCAGGAACAUGAGCAGGCAGCCCAGCAGGGAGUCCAACAAUGGCAGCAUGAACAGCUACAACUCAGAGGGGAAUUUGAUCUUCCCGGGGGUUAAUCUGGGAGCCAGCAGUCAGCUCAGUGACUUCCUGGAUGGCCUGGGCCCAGCUCAAUUAGUAGGCCGACAAACACUGGCUACACCUGCCAUAGGGGACAUUCAGAUAGGUAUGAUGGAGAAAAAGGGCCAGCUGGAGGUAGAAGUUAUCAGAGCGCGAGGACUUGUACAAAAGCCAGGAUCUAAAUCUCUCCCAGCGCCAUACGUCAAGGUCUAUCUACUAAAUAACGGCGCGUACGUAGCCAAAAAGAAAACCAAGAUUGCACGUAAAACACUCGACCCACUCUAUCAGCAAGCGCUGCUCUUCGAGGAAAGUCCACAGGGUAAAGUCUUACAGGUGAUUGUGUGGGGAGACUACGGCCGCAUGGACCAUAAAAGCUUUAUGGGAGUUGCACAAAUCCUCCUGGAGGAACUGGACCUAUCAAGCACAGUAAUCGGUUGGUACAAGUUGUUCCCACCUUCCUCUCUGGUGGAUCCGACUCUGGCCUCCCUUACACGACGAGCUUCUCAGUCGUCACUGGACAGCUCCUCCGGCCCGCCGGGGGUCCGAUCUUAGUGGACCAACAACAGCUCAUUGCCGCUCUGAGUAACAAACUCCUAAAACUGCCAGAAGAGAUGUUGAGCGGCAAUAAUCAGAAAAGACGAGAAAGCUUUGUUGAGAUCUGACAAUCACUCCUACCGCGUGGUUCAUUUAGCCUGUUUCAAUAUUUCAUUACCAUUUAAAAGAAAUAUCUCCCUUUUUCUUUGGCUACGCUGAAGACUGGAGGCUGUCGACAGGCAGUAGCUUUCCACUUUUAAGGCGAUCAAGCCUACGGAGAUCAAACAAAGCAGGGUGGUUUUUAGCUGAAUCAACAAUAGCAAUGUAUGUAAGCGUUGGAAUGUAUGAACUGGAGGUGGAGUACUGGUGUCCUAUCUGCAGUCUCCUCCUCCAGAACCCCAUCAGACUGCCAGCAUCUAUGCCCACAGGCAGCGUGCUUCUAACUUGGGUAUUUAGUCUGGAAGCACAGGGCCUUCUACUGGUGCCUAAACCCAAAAGCCGCAUCACCGGUUCCUCUCUCUGUCGAAAGAUUACACUUUUCCAAAUGUUUACCAUGGCUACCCUAAAGCCAUACUCCUCUACUGCGUUUGCUUUGUUGUCCAUUUCUGGUUCUUCCUCCAUUACUGUUGGCACAAAAUGUUUUGACGGUGCGUUAAAUGCUCAUGAUAUGUUGUCAGUCUGAUGUGUGCAUGAAGAGAAAAAACACAAGUGGUAAAAAAAAAAAAUAAAAAAAAAAACAACACAAGAAUAUGAAAACAAUUAUCUCCCAAGAAGUCUUGUGCAGGUAUGGGAGUUCGGUGAUUAAGUCACAGUUUAGGAUUUUAAACAUGAAAUGACAUGAAUGUUUUUUGUUUUUUUUGUUCUAUUGCUGACAAGCCAUGUCCUUGUAUGGAUGUGUAACAGGAGAAUGGCUGAUGAAUAUUCAUGUAACCAUCAAAUAUCACCAAAGGGAGAAAGUAAUCAGAAUGGAGUGGUACCUUGGUUUGCGGUUAGUUAUGCAUUGAUAACUGAAUAAUACAAAAAAACGCAACAAUUUUUCCCUUAAAAAAAAUUAUUUACAUCUAAUUCAACCUUUCCAGACACCUAAAAAUAUGUUUGUUUACAAAAUACAAAAACGUAGCCCUCCGUCAGGCCCUGAAUCUAAACGAUAAUCCAGACAUUUUGACACUUCCUGAAAGUUUAAUUAAAAUGAGCCCAUAACUUUUGGAGAUAUCUGUAGCAAAACGAAGGAAACAGUGAAAACUCUUGACCGGCAUCCACUGUCUUUGUCUCUGUGGGUGGAGGCGGUCGGCUCGCAUACACACACACACAGAAGUUUUCAUAACAAAAACACAAGGUAACACUGCCGCUAAAUGUAAUCAUGUGUUCUAGAGAUGUCCCGAUAUUAUUGGCCAAUAAAUGCUUUAAAAUGUAAUAUCGGAAAAAAACGGUUUAAAAAUUAUUGGUAUCGGUUUCAAAAAGUAAAAUUUAUGACAUUUUAAAACGCCGCUGUAUACACGGACGUAGGGAGAAGUGCAGAGUGCAAAUAAGCCUUAAAGGCACAAUCACAUAAUACCUACGACUUUUCACACACACAAGUGAAUGCAACGCAUAUUUGGUCAACAGCCAUACAGGACACACUGACGGUGGCCGUAUAAACAACUUUAACACUGUUACGAAAAUGCGCCACACUGUGAACCCACACCAAACAAGAAUGACACACACAUUUCGGGACAACACCCGGACCGUAACGCAACAGAACAAAUACCCACACCCCCUUGGAGCACUAACUCUUCCGGGAUGCUAAAAUACCCCCCCCCCCACACACACACACACACACCUCAACCGCCUCAUGCUCUCUAAGGGAGAGCAUGUCCUAAAAUUCCAAGCUGUUGUUAUGAGGCAUGUUAAAAAAAAUAAUGCACUUUGUACUUUUAUUAAUAAAUAUGGCAGUGCCAUGUUACAUUGUUUCACGCAUCCAGCGGGGCAUCGCAACAAAAUUAGGCAUACUUAUAUGUUAAUUCCACGACUGUUCAUAUCAGAAUCGGUAAUUAAGAGUUCGACAAUAUCGGAUAUCGGCAAUAAAGCCAUUAUCGAACAUCUCUAAUGUGUUCCUUAUCUCAUUUCGGAUAUUUCCUGAACAUUUGAUCAAAAUGUGCUUAUGACCAGGCUUGUUAGUCAUUCACUGUGUUUGUCUGUACCAGACCAAUAGAAUGCACACACAGACACACACAUAAGCAUAAACUUGAGGUAACACAAAAUGUCAUCAGUUGUCCCUAACCCUGUUUGAGACACUUCCUGAAAGUUUCAAGAAAAUCUGAGUGUUUAGCUGAUUAACAGAUAAACCAUUGUCAACGAGUACCGUAUUUUCCGGACUAUAGGGCGCACCGGAUUAUAAGGUGCAAUACCAAUGAAUGGUCUAAUUUCUAUCCUUUUUCAUACAAAAGGUGCACCAGAUUAUAGGGCGCAUUAUCCAUCCAUCCAUUUUCUACCGCUUAUUCCCUUUCGGGGUCGCGGGGGGCGCUGGCGCCUAUCUCAGCUACAAUCGGGCGGAAGGCGGGGUACACCCUGGACAAGUCGUCACCUCUUCGCAGGGCCAACACAGAUAGACAGACUACAUUCACACUCACAUUCACACACUAGGGCCAAUUUAGUGUUGCCAAUAGACCUAAAGGAGUUAUAAUAUUAUUUAUUUUUUCUGAAUUAAAAACACUUCCUUGUGGUCUACAUAACAUGCAAUGGUGGUUCUUUUGUCAAAACGUUGCAUAGAUGAUGUUUUGCAGAUCAUCUUUAAGUCACUUUUACCGUUUUGUGGGUGGUCUUAUUUACGUCGCUCACCUUCGGCGACGUCUUCUCCCCGUCAUCUUUGUUGCAGCUGUGUAGCGUGCAAGGACGGGAGUUGAAGAAGUGUCAGCUGGAGCUAACUGUUUUGAUGACAUUCAAGAGUUACUGAAAUCAAUAAGAGAGCAGCAUCUCCUCAUCCGGAAAUAACAACACAGGAAAUGUGUUCCGUGACACACCGUCCAACCGGAACUCUCUAAUAACUAAAGUUCUUUGGGUGAAUAAUGUAGAGUCACUACACCGGUAUCUUUUAGGGCUUUCAUGGUGAGUUUACUGACAGGUAUAAUUAAGAACUUCCCACUACUUUAUAUUAGAAAUGGAAACAGUGGAGGAUGAAUGUCCCAUAAAAAUAAGAAGCUUAUCAAAAACGGUGUCGCUACAGACUACAGAGGGCGCAAUUUUUUCAGGAUUUAUGCAGAUCCUAAGUACAAAUCAGCAGGUAACAGAAGGUAAAAAAAGUUUAUUUUGCAUAAUAUUGCGAAACAAAACGCCAGAUAAUAUGUCAUACAUUAUUACACACACACCAUAAUAAUACUCGUAGGUUGAAGCACAGUACAGUCCAUCAAGCGGUGCGGCUUCAUAGCUUACCAAAGUCGUACUAAAACAUUUUGAUAGAUUUUUUAGGGCCGUGUGUAAUGUUCUAUAUUUUCAAUGGAACAUAUAAAAUGUUGGUGUUAUUUACUUGAGUCACAUUGCAGUUUAUACGUAUAUCUUAUGUUUGACUGCCAUCUACUGGUCACACUUAUCAUUGCACCAUGAACCAAAUAAAAUUGCUUCGAGGUCGGUAAGCAAAACCAGAAUUAUUCCGUACAUUAGGCACAGCGGGUUAUAAGGCGCACUGUUGAGUUUUGAGGGGAAAAAAGGAUUUUAAGUGCGCCUUAUAGUACAGAGAAUACGGUACAUAAACUCCUGGCGGAGGAAUUAAUUAUGGUUUUAAAGAGAACAGAGAAAGGGGAGAGCCACGCAACACAACUUUUGUACUUUGCUACAAGUUCUUUCUAGACUUUAAUAGAGUUUGUUUAAUAGUCUUUAUGAAAGUGCUGCCACUGGCAACUUUCUUCGGCCCAAUGGCUUAUUUGGCAGGUGUAGUCUUUAAAAAAAAAAAAGCACAGAGUACAUGUGGCUUUUUUUGGGGCACUCGAUUCUGGUUUGUUUCCUGUAAUGUUUGGCUGUACGAUAACCGAGGCGGCUACGCAAAAAUUUAGGCAACAAUUCGGUGAAAAUGGAUGACCGUAUUUUUUGGAGUAUAAGUCGCUCCGGAGUAUAAAUCGCACCAGCCGAAAAUGCAUAAUAAAGAAGGAAAAAAACAUAUAUACGUCACACUGGAGUAAAAGUCACAUUUUUGGGGGAAAUUUAUUAAAUAAAAUAUAACACCAAGAAUAGACAUUUGAAAGGCAAUCUUAAAUAAAUAAAGAAUAGUGAACUACAGGCUGAAUAAGUGUACGUUAUAUGACGCAUAAAUAACCAACGGAGAAGGUGCCUGGUAUGUUAACGUAACAUAUUAUGGUAAGAGUCAUUCAAAUAACUAUAACAUAUAGAACAUGCUAUACGUUUACCAAACAAUCUGUCACUCCUAAUCGAUAAAUCCCAUGAAAUCUUCUUCCUCGGUGUCGCUUCUGAACAACUCUGGUGGAAGUAGUAGCGGGUAGCAUAUUUUUUUCCCACAAUGCACUUCUGCCAUGACCCGCCUCCACCAAAUUUUCAUUGGUUGACGUGUGUGUGAAGAUUGCUGAUAUCCGGCUAGUCUCUUACGUGAAUGAUCUAAAUAUUAUUAUUUGAUAUUUUACGGUAAUGUGUUAAUAAUUUCACACAUAAGUCGCUCCGGAGUAUAAGUCGCACCCCUGGCCAAACUAUGAAAAAAACUGCGACUUAUAGUCCGGAAAAUACGGUAGUUCAAAAAUGGGGCUUUCGAAAAACCGAUGUACCACAGGACCCUGUUUUAACUCAAACUUUAGUUGAUGAUCGUUUGAGUUAGGACACAAACACAAGAGCUGGGGUUUUUUCAUGACUUAAAAUGGAACAUUUUGCCAAAACAAAUGUCGUUUAAAGAAAUGAUGACACGUUCAGUCGUCCUGUUCAUUUUUUUUGUGUAGAUACCAGAAGACAGAAGGCGUUUUUCUUAUGCAACACUGUUCACGUAAAAGCAACUCAAUCACACCGACGUGUCGAGACAUCAACGCCCAUCCUACGUUCGGCCUACAGACCCCCCCAAACCCCCACCCCCCCACCCCCCUUCUCAUCAAUAUGUCCUGUUCCAAGCUGCAUGCAGGUUUUUUUCAUUUUCUUGUAAAGCGAAUCGGAUACAUGACAAAAAAAGAUCCUGAUCUAGGUACGUGUGUUUGUUCCACAUACUUGUAGGGACGCUUGUAUGUUGCAUGCAGUUGUACAGUUUGCUUGUAAUGAAUAUUAAAGAGAUCAAGAAACUGAAGCCAUUCCCGUUACAACAAGCACAUCGUCCGACUCGACGCCAUGUCCCUCAGUCAGGUGCUGGACGGCUAUCAAACAGACGCUUAUAAGAUUAUGUUGACGUUGUCCCUUUAGUCUCCAACCUCACACCCGAUCCUGCUGUUAUUCCACUUGAUGACGUAUACCUCCAAGGAGCUGGUGUACUAGUAAACAUGUACGGUACCAAUCAGAUCCACCUAUAUGGAAAUAUAACUUAUCUUUCAACGUAAAGACCUCAAAUAAACGCAGACUCACAGCCGGUGAUAACACUAUCAGCCAUCACACGCUGGGUUCCUCACAGAGGGCCGCGUGGCGAGGAGUUAUUCAGGAUUCGGGACCAUGCCGUGAGACGGCCAAAAAAAAAGGAUACCAGACGUGGGUCGCAAAGUCUGUAAAAGUUGUUUUUCAUUUCUCCUUUGUCUGAACCCAGGUCAUACCAGAGUCCCUCUUUGGAAAAGAUUUUUCUUUGCCAGUAUUGACCAGGAAACAUUGAUUGUUUACAACGUGUGUGUUCCACUGCGAGGAAAAUUGGACAAAAAGUCGUCAAGCGUUGAGUGCGGCAAUUCUUGUUUGUAUAGCAGAUGUGGCUCAGAUGAUGUGUAUGUUUUAUAUUUCAAAAAGUUAAUUUUUAUGAUUUACAAAUAAAAAGAAUGUGUGGAAGAA